AUGACCAAGGCCAAGGCUGGGAUCUCACACAUUAGAUGCUGCAAUGGCAGCAAGCCCCCAAGCCCCCGGUACCUGCUUCACCAAGCCCCCAGUACCUGCUACAAAAAGCACCUAAGGUACCUAUUCCACCAAGCCCCCGGUAUCUGCUCCCCCAAGCCCCUGGUUCUGCUCCCCCAAGCCCCCGGUACCUGCUUCCCCACCCCUCCAGUACUCACCCCCGAAGCACCCAGUACCCACUCCUCCAUGACCCCAGUGCAUUCCCGACAACCCUGGUACCCGCUGGUACCCACUGGUACCCGCUCCCCCAAGCCCCCAAUAGCUGCUUCCUGUACGUCCUUGGUAUCCGCUCCCCCAAUCCCCCAGUAUCUGCUUCCCAGCGCCCCCGUUACCCGUUCCCCCAAUCCCCCAGUACCUACUUCCCAGCGCCCCCAUUACCCACUCCCCCGCUCCCAGUACCUGCUUCCCAGCGCCCCGUUACCUGCUCCCCCAAUCCCCCAGUACCUGCUUCCCAGCGCCCCGUUACCCACUCCUCCGCUCCCAGUACCUGCUUCCCAGCGCCCCCCGUUACCCACUCCCCGCUCCCAGUACCUGCUUCCCAGCGCCCCCAUUACCCGCUCCCCCAAUCCCCCAGUACCUGCUUCCCAGCGCCCCCCGUUACCCACUCCCCGCUCCCAGUACCUGCUUCCCAGCGCCCCUGUUACCCACUCCCCCAAGACUCCCAGUACCUGCUUCCUAGCGCCCCCAUUACCCACUCCCCCAAUCCCCCAGUACCUGCUUCCCAGUGCCCCCGUUACCCACUCCCCCGCUCCCAGUACCUGCUUCCCAGCGCCCCCCGUUACCCUGCUACCCCAAGCCCCCAGUACCUGCUUCCCAAACGCCCCCCGUGCACCCUGCUCCCUAUAA